GCUAAAUGGAAUUGUCAACGAACGUGAAAACGCAUGGCUGUCCCUACUGAUUUGCCGUAGUCAUUCAUAUCACGGAAGUUAUUUUGAAAUUGAUAAAUAGCUAGUUGGCUAGAAGGAAUAACAUUUAUUGUGAAUUAUUCCACCUGUCAAGACGAUGCAGGGCCGGCAGAUAAAACAAUGUGGCCUUUCCUCACUGACUCUUUUGGCCACAUUUCUCCAUUGUAACUGUUUGCCACACAGUACUGGUGGAAAGCCAUUUCCAGAGACCGCUAAAGAAAUUGCCAGCUAUGCAAAGGUAGCCAAGAGCAUCAUAGACUUGGCUGUGUAUGGCAAAGCCCAGAACCGCUCCUAUGAGAGACUGGCAGACUUCACAGAUACAAUAGGGAACCGUGUCAGUGGCUCUAAGAACCUGGACCUGGCUAUCAAGUAUAUGUUCAGUGCCCUGAGGAAGGAUGGGCUGGAGAACGUACAUCUAGAACCAGUGAAGAUCCCACACUGGGUCAGGGGAGAGGAGAGCGCCGUGAUGCUACAGCCCCGGAACCACACCAUGGCCAUCCUUGGACUGGGCAGCAGUGUGGCUACACCCCAAGGAGGCAUUGAAGCAGAGGUGCUGGUGGUGGAGUCUUUUGAGGAGCUGAAAAAAAGGCAGAAGGAAGCCAUUGGGAAGAUCGUGGUGUAUAACCAGCCCUUUGUCAGCUAUGGGGAGACUGUGCAGUACAGGGAGUUUGGGGCAUCCAAGGCAGCUGAAGUAGGAGCUGUGGCUACUCUCAUCCGCUCCAUCACACCCUUCUCCAUCAACAGUCCUCACACAGGCUGGCAGGACUACCAGGAGGGAGUGCAGAAGAUCCCUACCGCCUGUAUCACAGUGGAAGACGCCAUGAUGAUGGCCAGGAUGGCUAAGCGAGGCCAGAGGAUUGUGGUCCGACUCACCAUGAACGCCCAGACCUUCCCUGAUGCUGACUCCUUCAACACUGUGGCUGAGAUCAUCGGCAGCGAGCACCCAGAACAGGUGGUGCUGCUCAGUGGUCAUCUGGACAGCUGGGAUGUGGGCCAGGGGGCCAUGGAUGAUGGUGGUGGAGCGCUCAUCUCCUGGGAGGCCUUGUCUCUGCUUAAAGACCUGGGUCUGCGUCCCAGAAGAACCCUCCGGACAGUGCUGUGGUCUGCAGAGGAGCAGGGAGGGGUUGGAGCGCAACAGUACUUCCAGCUUCACAAGGUGAACAUCUCUAACUUUAACCUAGUGAUGGAGUCUGACCAGGGUACCUUCACCCCCCUGGGGCUGCAGUUCACAGGCUCAGUCCAGGCCCGGGCUGUCAUGGCUGAGGUGAUGAAGCUACUGAAGCCCAUCAACACCACCACCCUGGAGGAACACGGAGAGGGAAUUGAUAUAGAGAUGUGGAUGGAUGCCGGCGUGCCAG